CAAAAAAAGUUAAUCUUUUAGUGGAGAAAUGGUUUUGAUAAACUUGUCAGAGCGUCUUUAUUAUAAUCAGUGCGAUAUUGUGGAUUUGUGAUCAUUCCCAAAAGGGUUUUGCAACAGCAUUUAUGCUUAGUUUUCUGCAUAAGUAGGUUGUGCGCUGCUGUGUGCCUCUAGAAGUGUCUCAAAUGUCUGUUAAGAAGUGAAAUUUAUGCAAAUUUUCCUUCAAAAAUAAACUUAAAAGUGAAACUUUUCUUUUACAAAAAAAUGAAUUUUCUUAGGAAAAUCAUUUUUGUGGAAGUUUUGUGUGUUCUUGUGCUGAUAGGAGAAUCUCAAGGAGCCACAAUUCCGUGCACGAAGAAAGUCUACGCAGGAUUCUUCCAUUCAACAUUUACAUGUGAAUUGAAUGGAAUAGAUUUUAUGGAUAGUGAGGAAUCAACGAUUGAGGAGAGCAUCUACCUCAAUCAUUUGCGAAUUCUCAACUCCAGCAUCUCAAGCUUACCUGUGAGGAUUCUAACGAGACUCAUAAGCUUGCAAUCUGUCGUGGUGAAAGCAAAACUAAAUCACAUUGAUGAGCUGAGCUUGAAAAAAGUCCAAUCAGUUGAUUUUUCUGAGAAUGAAGUGAGUUCUUUGGUGGAAUUUGCUUUCUCUGGAUGCCCCGUGGUUAGAGAAAUUGAUCUGCAUGGAAAUAAAAUCACAAAUUUCCCUGGAAAUAUCUUCAACAACUUAGCCCAGCUUCAGUCGGUUAAUUUGGCGGGAAAUGGCAUUAAAAAGCUUCCAAUUGAGCUUUUCUCUCAAACACCUUCCCUUGAGAUUUUCUGGGCACAAUUUAAUCUCAUUGAUGAGUUAAAGUUGGAAAUGUUUGCCCACCUGACGACCUUUAAGCAACUGGAUUUGAGCCACAAUCGUCUGAAGACUAUUGAGAGCCCUAAGACACUUCUCUCAAUGAAACCUUUUCUUGGAGCAAAUCUUGAGUUGAGCUUUAAUAAAUUACUUUCACUGAGUCUCCUCAACACCGACAUUCCAGCAAUUAAUGUGAGUAGCAAUCACCUGAAGAAGAUAACACUUGGAAAGCAAUGCAAGGAAUUGUACGCAGAGCACAAUGAGCUUGAAGAAAUCACAAUGGGGGAGUCAAUAAAGUCCCUGGAAGUCAUUAAUUUGGCCAACAAUGAACUCAAGAAUAAACUCGGCGAUGUAUGUCGUUGUGAGAAGCUUCAAGAAGUUAUUUUGGCAUCAAAUGGAAUUGAAAGCAUCGGUUUCUGCUUCUCAGGUAUGACGACGCUGAAGGAAUUAGACUUGCGGAGGAAUAAAUUAACUCACAUUGAUUACGGAUACUUCCCUGGACACAAUAUCCUUGAAACUCUCGACUUAUCCUACAACGAAAUUGAAGAAGUUGAUGCGCAUGUUCUUUCCCUUUUACAUAACUUGAGAAAUUUCUACCUCGAUGGGAAUAAGCUUCAGGAUUUACCUGAUCAAUUAGCUCGGAUUCUUCCUCAAAUCUCAACCAUCGGGCUCUCCCACAAUCUCUUCCCGUGCAACCGCCUCUUAACAAUCUUCCGUCAGCUUAAGGGCACGAAAAAGGACAUAAUCUUCAACAUUGAUAAACCAACAGUGGUCAACACAACAAACAUCCAUGGAAUUAUCUGCUACAACACCAAAGAAAAUGAUUCAGCACAGAAUCCAGGUGCAACUAGCCCAGUAACAUCAAGCUUUCCCACCGAGGUAAAUGCCUCAAUUUGGCGGGAAAUGCAGAAGAUAAAAUUUGAGCUUCAAGACUAUUCGAGUCUCAUUUGGAAAAUUGUCAAAUCCCAUGAAAAUCUUCGAGAUGGGAUUGCAGCUAAUUUCUCCCUACUCACCCCAAGUGAAGCAGCCAAAGAUAAAAAUGAAGAAAUCAACGCGACAGCUUUUAAAAUCUUGCAGAUGUCUCUAGAGCAGACCAACACGAGGAUCAAUCAACUCGAACGGAGAUUUAAUGCAACAGAUAAGAUGCAACAAAUUAGCGAUAGUGGGCAGAAAAAUCAUUCAAUUUACAGCUUAAUCGCAAUUUUCUCAGCGGUGCUCGUUCUAUUGGUUGUGGGUAUAUUUGUGUGGUACAAUUCUGAUAAGAUUUGCAUCAAAUACUGCAUCUAUAGGAAGAUUUCAUUUCAACAAUCCGGGGAAUCCCUGAGAACGUUCGUUUAAAUGCUAAAGA